AUGGUCCUCGAGUGCCACUACCCCCAGGAACCGACGGAGUCCGACGCCGAUACGGAUGAGACUGCGGUCCUAGCACGGUACGGGGUCGAGAGGCGCGCCGACGGCUUCGUCAACUGGCAGCGGGACUGUGCUACGCACCCGAGGAACUGGACUACCAGACGGAAGACGUUUGAUACCACGGUCAUCAUUCUGUUUGAGCUGUACACAACGAUUAUAAGUACAACUGGGGCUGUCGCCGCAACAGAGGCCGCUCCAGACUAUGGCCUUAGUCGCCAGGUGUCCCUGGUGGGCUUCACCCUAAUGUACCAACUAGGCCAAGCAAUAGGCGGCUUCCUCAUCCCCCCCUUCUCAGAGCUCUUCGGCCGCCGCCUCCCCUACCUCAUCUCCUGUGCCGCCUUCUGCCUCGCCAGCCUCCUCACCGGCCUAGUCCACGCCCCCGCGGCGGUCUACGCGGGCCGCUUCGCCGCAGGGCUGGCCUCCGCCGUGCCGUCCGUCGUCAUCGCCGGCAGCGUGGAGGACAUGUUCAACACGAAGCGCCGCGUCUGGAUCAUUGUCCUCUGGAACGCGGGGACGACCGUCGGGCUGUGCUUUGGCCCCGUCUACGCCGCGUACAUCUCCGAAGCGGUCGGGUGGCGGUGGAUCUUUUAUAGCGCGGCCGUCGUGACGGCGGUGCUUCUUGUGGCCAUGUUUGGGAUCAGGGAGAGCCGGCCUAGUAUCCUGCUGGGGGCCAUUAUCAGGAAGAUUCAGAGGGAGACGACGGUGCGGGAGCUGGCGUGGCAUAACCCGGAUGAGGCGCGCGACUGGCGGGCCUUGGUCCGGAUCAGCGUCCUUCGACCGGGGAAGAUUUUGCUCACGGAGCCGUUGGUCAUUAUGGUGGCGCUCAUAUCGGCGUCGUCGUGGGGUAUGAUCUACCUUUUUACCGAGUCGCUUACCGUGGUCUACGUCUCGCUCGGGUUCACCAAGACGCGGGCGUCUCUGCCGUUCCUGGCCAUCGCCGUCGGCGUCAUCUUCACGUUUCUCCCUCGCUUGUGGGAUAUGAAGGUCGUCCGGGACCGCCAGCGGAAGCAGAUUCCCAUCCAGCCAGAGGACAAAAUCAUCGGCUUCGCCUUCGCCGCCCCGGCACUCGCCAUCGGACUGGCGUGGUUCGCGUGGACGGUGCCGCCGCUGGUGCCGGGCGUCCACUGGGCGGUCCCGACGGCGUCCCUCGUGCUCGUGGGCUUCGCGGUCAACGAGACGGCGCACACGCUGAGCGGCUACCUCGCGGACUCGUACCUGCUCUACUCGGCGUCGGCGUUCUCGGGUCUCGCGCUCGUGCGAGCCGUCGCUUCGGGGCUGACGCCGCUCGUGGCGCACGAGAUGUACGCCGGGCUGAACGCCAACUACGCGGGCACGAUACUGGCGGGGCUGGCGGCCGCGUUCUGCGUGACGCCGUGGGUGUUUUUCCGGUUCAGCAAGAGGUUGAGGCAGAGGAGCCCGUUUGCGCGAUUUAGUUUGGAGACGCAUUACUUGACCAACGUGGAGGAGAAUUAG